GCAAGAGCUGGACACAAACAUCAGUGAAGAAUGAAGGGUUUGUUAUGUUUCCUGCUGCUGUUGGAGACCUUUGUGUUUGUCGUACAGCAGAAGUUAGAUAGAGGACUCGGUGAGAAUGAGAUCAGACAACAGCUCGGCAAUGAAGACAGAAGACAGAAUCCACCUCAAAUAGACACCCGGAGCGAUGCUUCAGCUGACAGCCAGUCAUACUGCCAUCUGAGCUUCCCUGACAUCCACGCAGCACUGAGAGAACUGACCGCCACAGUUACAGAGCUGAAAGUAAACAUCAGAGCUUUAGAAACGCAACUGGAGGAAGAGCUGAACAAGAAAACUGACGAAAUUUCAAACAUUACUCUGAGUCAAGUGGAGGAGCUGAGAAAGGAAAAUAGAGACAGAGAGAUAGCUUUUUCAGCUGCACUGAUGGACAGCAAAGGAACUGUUGGUCCAUAUACCACUGACACCAUACUAACCUACAAGGUAGUCUUCACAAACAUAGGAAAUGCCUACAACCCAAUUACAGGUAUUUUCACGGCCCCGUUGAAAGGAGUGUACAUGUUCAAUUUCUCUGUCUUUGGUAAGGGUGAUGCCUCAGUUCCAUCCACUGCGUCCAUUGUGAAGAAUGGAGAGAGGGUGGUUGUAGCACAUGGUCAUCAGGAUCUGUAUUCUGUAAACUCCUCGAAAGGAGUUGUGUUGAUCUUGGAGGUUGGAGAUGUUGUCUAUGUGUCACUCUGGUCUGGAAGGGCGUUAUUUGAUGAGACGCAUAAGCACAACACUUUCAGUGGUCACCUACUGUUUCCUUUAAGAGAACAGGACCUUUGCAGAAUGUGAUUCCAGUAAAACUGAACCUUCAACAUAUGAUUUAAGAUGAAAAUCAUGAAGAAUCAUUAACAUAUGAACCUGUAUUGAUGAUAGAUUUCUGUAUGAAAGUCAGACUAUACUCAUAAGUUCUGAGCUGUCUACACAUGGAACUUUGUAUAAAGACUUUCAGCACAGAGACAGACGGGACACAUAAAUAUCACAUGUGACUCAAAAUGAUUUUUUUAAAGUAGUAAAUCGAGAAUGUUAAAUAGCUGUUAAAAUGAAAAAUAGAUUUUUAAGUGUAGCCUAUUACUAAUCUUUGUUCUGUAUUUCUUCAUCCUACAUUAAUAAGAGAAUAAAGGGACAUU